AAAAAAUAAAAAAUAAAAAAAAUCCGUUCAAAAAAUAAUUAAGCAAACAAGAAGAAAUGGCAAGUUCAAUCACAGCUGCCACAAAGAUUGGUCAUGUUAGAGUUGCAAUUUUAAGGAGCACUUGGAAUCCCAGGUUGGUUGUGGCUGGAGUACCAAGAUGUAUUAAGGCAAGUUCACAUCAAGAUGCUCAAGCUACAAUGAAUAAGACAGCACAGGCUGUUAAACAGGGGGCUGAUGAUGCAAUGAAGACUGGUGGAAAUAUGAAGCACAAGGCUGCCUCUACUGCCGAACAAAUGAAUCAAAAUGCAAAGGAUAUGGCUGGAAAGGUGGCUGAGACAGCACAAGAAAUCUCUGAGAAGGCAAAACAAACAAUGCAAGGAGCAUGGAGAUCAGCUAAGGAUACUGCUCAGAAAGCUCAAGAAUCAGUGAUGGGCAAUGCUGAAGCUUCCAAGGAAGCCUUCAAUCAAAAUGCUGAGGAUUUGAAGAAAAAAAUGAACACCAAGAACUAAUUUUUAUUGUUUCUAUUCUAUCUCAUUAUAAGAUUCACUCUUAUAUGCAUCUAUGAAUAAAAUUACGUGUAUGAAUAUUUCUUAAGAACUUAUUCAUACUAGAGUUAUUUUGU